AUGACAGAAGGUAGCAAGAUACCUAUUCGUAUAAACACARGGACGCCUUUGCCUGCGAUCCAAAAAAGUCACACUACCGAUGUUCAAGAAAGGAACGUCAAGGAGAAGAAACACAGCGAAUCCGUUGAAGAAGAAAAGAGCCCAAAUACUGAUACUUCUCCAGCUGUGACUCAAACAAAGCCACACGAAAAGAUCGAAGACUUCAAAGUGGAAAUAUACGAGGGAAGAAAACCUGAGCAAAUCCACUCUGAAGAAACAAAGAGCCCAAACACGCCUGUCGCUUCGCCUGUCAUUGACAAAAAGCCAAACAAAAAGAUCCAAGACUUCAAAGUGGAAAUAUACAAGGGAAGGAAGCCUGGGCAAAGCCACUCAGUUCAAGAAACAAAGAGCUCAAACACGCCUGUCGCUUCCCCUGUCAAUGACAAGAAGCCAAUGAAAAAGAUCCAAGACUUCAAAGUGGAGAUAUACGAGGGAGUAAAGCCUUUUCGCAGCAACUCACUUGAAGCCACAAACAAGAACGAUGCAAUUCAGGAAACAAAGAGCUCAAACACGCCUGUCGCUUCGCCUGUUACCUCCAAAAAGCCAAACAAAAAGGCUCAAGACUUUAAGGUGGAGAUAUACGAGGGCAAGAAGCCUGUGCGCAUCUACUCUCUUGGAGCUACGAACGAUGCAACUGAAGAAACACAGAGUGUAAACACUCACGUUACAACGCCUAUCAUUAGCAAAAAGUCCUACAAAAAGGCAAAAGAUAUCAAAGUGGAGAUUUAUGAAGGAUCCAAACMGCCAGUACAAAAYGGCGAAUCAAGUGACCUUAGCGAUGUCAGGAAUGAGUCGACACUUGUCAAAAAAUUCAACAAAASAGAGGAAAAUAAGAUAAGCCUGUUGCCUUCAAGAUACUCCCCUAAAAAGUUGGUCCCAGACCAAGAGUCUCUUCCUGGAAAGGAUCCGAUGUGUCUUCCUGGAAAGGGUGUUGAUUACAACCAAGAGAUGGAUGCCAUCGUCAAGGAAUUCCAAAAAUUAUAUGAAGAUUUGCUUCAACUAAAGAAGAAGUAUACCAAUACUGGACGAGGCUUGGAGGAGGAAAGCAAAUCACCAAAGAACAUCUUAAAGGAUGACACAUCUCACGUAACGCAGCUCAAGCAGCUUGUCAAAGAGAUGACAACAACAGUCGCCGAGGUUGAUGAAGGACUAGACUACGAAAGAAACAUCUCACGAUCACAAAUGGACGACUUUCAGCUUAAUUUUAGYAAAACAAAGGAAAAGCUAAAUGCCAAUCUAGUUUUCCAUGAUAAAGAACUGCAAAUGUUUAAGACAGAAGCUGAGAGAUUGACCAAGGAUAACGUGGAUCUCAAGAAAUCUCUUAAAGAGAAAGAAAUCUACGAGAACAUCGAAUUUGAAUACAUGGAGGGCCUGGUGAUGAACAGCAUGGGGAAAGACAAGGCUGAAGAGCGCUGCAAAGAAGCAUUGGCUGCUAACGACGCCCUUAAAAAAGACCUUACGAAUCGCGUGCGUGAGCUGAAGAAUCUUCGCAGUGACAUUAAGAAAAGAGCCAACUGCCCUAGCAACAUCCUUGAUGAAUACACUACGCUGAAAAACGAAAGAAACGGAAUGGAUCUCCAAUUAGCACAGCUACUGGCCGAYGUCAAUGAAGCUGCAAGAAGAAGAAUGAACAUUGAUGCAGCCAAUCAAAAACUGAGGAAUCACAUUGAAAAACUUAAUCUCCAGAUCCAAGAACUUGGAGGAGAAGUGCCAAAUAUUCCCGAAUGUGAGGUUAAAGCAGAGAAGUUUAAGUUUGGCAAAACGGUUGUACCACUAAAACAAGAUUUGACCGAUGCUGGCAACAAAGGCAAUGACGAUAAGCAACAUGAUGUGCUUGAAGACGACCACACUAACAAUGUAAACGACAGUGAAACGCGUGAGGAAAUGGUCAAUAGAAGAAACGCCGAAAACGAGAAACAAAAGUUGAGUUCAAGUUCAAGCGCGAUGGUGGAAAGUGAUGCUYUUUCUGUUAAAGGGAUGACUACCUUGUUGCACGACAUAGCCAAGCWACUAGAUGGAAACAAAGUCGAUUUAUCGCUCACAGUAGAAUCUCCUAAAGCAAUUCGAUUCUAUUUCAACUCUGAUSUCGUAAAUAAAGAGGUAGGGCGAUUACAAAGGCAAUUCACAAUGAGCACAAUUAAAGACGCAACAGUCAAUGGUAACGGCGUUGUUUACAAGCGCAUUGGUAAAAAGAAGGUCAAAGCAACACUGGGGAAGAAGAAAAUACGACAAUUGAUUAAUGCUAAUGGAAACAACCGCCAAAUAACUUGCAUAACAGAGGAAAGUUCUGCUUUAAAUGAAGACAAAACGGAUGAAAAAACUGCUACUGAGAUGGAAUGCGAGAAAGACGAAAUCGUCAAAGACCAUGAAAUUAUAGGAGAURUUAUGCUUCUACUUCGUGGUACAUCGUUGUGA